AUGGAGCAUGUGAAAGCGUCAUUUUUACGACUGGCCAUUGCGGAACUAGUUUUCGAUGAUCAAGUAGAAACAAAAGAAGAAAAACCAACCGAGAAUGCAAAUAAUUCAGUUGAAGCCAAUGAGAAUGAAGAAAAGAAAGAAAAAGUAGAGGAUGAAGUCCCUGUUGAAUCAACCGAAUUAGAACAACCUAAACCGAAAAAAAAGAAGAAAAAAAUUGAUUUUGCUGAUUUCGAAAGGCAAUUGAAGGAAGUAGAUGAAGAUGAGUCACGUGGUGCAGAAGAUGACAAAGAAGACAACAUAUUUGUGCCAGAAGGCGAGCAGGUAGAAAAAGAAUUAAAAGUUGAGGAAACUUGGCUAAAAUCAGAUCGGGAUUACACGUAUCAAGAACUUUUGGGGCGAGUAUUCCGAAUUCUUCGGCAAAAUAACCCCGAACUUGCAGGUGAUAAGAAAAGAUACACGAUUGUUCCACCAUCAGUCCAUAGAGAAGGAAAUAAAAAGACAAUUUUCGCGAAUAUUUCUGAUAUUUGCAAGAGACAACCAGAACAUGUCAUUCAAUUCUUAUUUGCUGAGUUGGGAACAAGCGGUUCGAUUGACGGUUCACAAAGACUAGUUAUUAGAGGCCGUUUUGUACAAAAACAAAUAGAGAAUGUUUUACGUCGGUAUAUAGGUAAGGACUGA